GAGCUCGAGCUGCCGUAAAUGAAGAAACCAGAAACGGUUAAAACAAGAUGGCGGCGCUCAACACGGAGCGGUGGUUGGAGGACUUACCAAACCAUGCUAUCUUCAAGAAACUCCAAGAGAAGUCUGAUUAUGAGUACUUCUCAAAUGAAAGGGGGGUCGCUAAGAACCUCACCUUCUGUUUGGGGGGAGACCUGUUCGUGUGGGACGACACGGACCGCGUGUUUUACACCACCAACCUGCGACAGCUCAACUCGGAUGAUGAGAGUCUGACUACAGGGAACUAUCAAACCCUGCUGUGUAUCAACCCUCCUCUGUUCGAUGUGUGCCAGGUGCUGUUGAGUCCAACCCAGCACCAUGUGGCUCUGGUCGGGCUGAGGGGCAUGUCGGUGUUGGAGCUCCCUCAGAGGUGGGGGAAGAGGUCUGAGUUCGAGGGCGGGAGGAGCGACAUCAACUGCAGGACCAUCCCAGUGGCUGAGCGGUUCUUCACGAGCUCCCCUUCUGUGACGAUCCGGCAAGCGGCUUGGUACCCCAGCGAAACUGAUGAGCCCCACCUGGUUCUCCUCACAUCCGACAACACCAUCAGGUUCUACGGGUUGAAGUCUCCACAGACCCCGGGUAAAGUCCUGUCACUGUCACAGUCUGAGGAGGACACCAGCGUGCACCCUCCUGCCCGGUCCUAUGCAGCCUCUCUGGGGGAGAUAGCUGUGGCGUUUGACUUUGGGCCAAUCACAUCCCCACCUCGGCAGCUUGCAGGACUGUGCUCCAAAGAGCAGCUCGUGUACCCUCUGUACAUCCUCUAUGAAAAUGGAGAGACCUACCUGAGCUACACCAGCCAGACAAACGGGGUGAGGCUGAGUACCCCUGUUGGACCUCUCCCCAUGUAUCCUGCAGCAGAGGACAACUACGGCUAUGAUGCCUGUGCCAUCCUCUGCCUGCCCUGCGUUCCCAGCAUCCUGGUCAUCGCCACAGAAACAGGCACGCUCUAUCACUGCGUGGUGCUGGAGUCUGAGGACGAGGAGGAGACCGGGGCCGUGGAGAAGUGGAUCCGAGGAGGGGAGGCGGUGCCGGCUCUGUAUGUGUUUGAGUGUGUCGAGCUGGAGCUGACACUCAAAGUGGCCACGGGAGAGGACGAGGAGCCGCAAGAGUUUGAUUUCACGUGCCCCAUCAGACUGCACAGAGACCCCCUGUGCCAGCACCGGUAUCAUUGCACCCAUGAAGCAGGGGUCCACGGUGUGGGCCUGAUCUGGGUCAACAAGCUGCAGAAGUUCCUCCAGUCAGGGGAGGAGGAUAAGGACAGUCUACAGGAGCUGGCUGCAGAGAAGCGCUGCAUUGUGGAGCACAUUCUCUGCACCAGACCCCUCCCAACGAGUGGGUCUGCUCCAGUUCGUGGCUUCUUGAUUGUGUCUGACCUCGCUUUGGGCGCCACCAUGAUCUGCAUCACCAGCAGCUACGAGUGCAUCCUGUUGCCCCUCCUGAGCUCCAUUCGCCCUCCCUCCCCUCCACUGCUGUGUUCCCAUCCAGGUCCAGGUUCUGGUAGCUCUCCUCUGCGCGGGCUGGCGGAUGACUCCUUCGAGCAGCACAUCCGCAACAUCCUGGCACGCAGCUCCACGAAUCCUCUCGUGCUCAAGGCCGGAGACAAGGAAACGUCGCCCCCUCCUCCAGAGUGCCUGCAGCUCCUCAGCAGAGCCACGCAGGUGUUUCGAGAGGAGUACAUCCUGAAGCAGGACAUGGCCCGCGAAGAGAUGCAGAGGAGGGUGAAGCUUCUGACGGGCCAGAAGAACAAGCAGCUGGACGAGAUGACGCUGUGCAGGGAGGACAAGAUGAGCCUGAGAGAGGACGCCGAGAGGUUGGCUGACAAGUACGAAGACGCAAAGUACCGUCAGGAGACCAUCAUGAACCGGGUGAAGAAAGUCCUGGGCAGCCUGCAGAGCCAUCUUCCCAUACUGUCAAACAGCGAGAAGGACAUGAGGAAGGAGCUGCAGACCAUAAAUGAUCAACUGAAACACCUGGACAACUCCAUCAAGCAGGUGAACAUGAAGAUGGACUACCAGAAGACUCAAGUGGAUAAGGAUACACCCUCAGCCAGGAGCACGGUCUCACUCAAUGUCCAGCAGAAGAAGGUGGUGCAGGAUGUCCUCAGAGAGCAGGGGCAGCAGAUUGGGGACAUGAUGAAACAAAUCAAAGACAUCAAAAACCACUUCAGCUUCUGAGCACGGCUGCAACCAAGACAUUUGUUGCACACAAUCUGGACAGAAACUGAAAGGCUCUUUUGAAUGCUAUGAUUAAAUGUGAUAGUUAUAACUUUUGGGGGCAUUGUGUGUAUCUGACCUAAAAGGUGUUUUGUACACACUGAUACAACUUCACCUUUCAUACUAAAUGUUGUUUAUUUCUAAAUAGAGAUAUGCCAAGUUUGCCUUCAUGUCUUGCAUAACAUUUUGCAUUUUUAUACAUCAGUGUUUGUAAAUGUUAAAGUUUGAGUCUUGUAUUUAGUCAAAGUGGAAAAUGCUGUUUAGGCAGCUCAGAUUAGAAAUGUUUUUGAGCUGUCGUCAUCUUCCUGAGGUGUUUACAACAUGCUUGGCUCCAGUUUUUGGAUUGAAAAUAAAAUGUAUAUUCCCUGUA